UCCUGGGUCCCCCUGCGCCCCAGCCUCUGCCCCAGCCCUGAGGCUUGCCGCCUCCGGCCCCGCACACCUGGCAGGGGAGGGCGGCCCCUGGCGCCGACAGCCUCUCCAGCAUCAACAAGUCCAGGGCUGCUCUCUGCCCAGCAGGGGCCACGGAAGGGACCUCUCCCUGGGUGCAGGGCCAGGGGCCCCCGGAGCGCUCGCAGGGCUGGGCUGGGCUAGGGGCUGCCAGGACCGAGGAUGGAUGGAAGCGGGGUGCGUCACUCUCAGCCCCCCCCCCAACUCCCCAACACACACAUGCUCCAAUACACACUUCACGUGCCUGGCAGACACAGCAUCAUACCCAGAACAGCGGCCUGGGUGACGGGUCCCUGAGGAGCUCAGCCUCUGCGCGCUCGCCCAUCCCCGGCCCCCACCUCCCUGUUCACAUUCAUAGCAUCUGGGGCCCUCCUAGAGCUGGACUGUGCCGGGCUCUGCCACCUGCUGCCUGAUGUGGCAGGCCCCCGGCCACCAUGCACAAGCACUGCACCGUCCACUUCUCCAAGGGCGCCCUGCCCCUCCGGACCCCUGCCGAGGCCUAUUUCUUGGACCCAGAGUUGGGGCACCAAAAAGGAUGCUGUCGCCAGUGGUGCCAUGACCCAGCGGCACCUCAAGCCCACAGGCCCUGUCGGCCGUCCCCCCAGGUGUGCUGGCAGCUGGCCUACCACGGCCACCAAGGGGGUGGCGGUGUCUGUCGCCGGGGCCCCCAGGCCCCCAUCCUGCAGCAACAGCAGCAGCAGCAGCCCCAGCCCCCACCUCCCAGACCCCUGCGGCAGCGGCUCUGCCCUACUCUGGGAGCACAGAGGGGGCCAUCUCCAGCCACCACUGCCCCCAGGCAACUGGCCAGCGCCCUCCAGCCGCCCCCCGCACCCACCACCUCACCCACAGCAGCACCCGCCAUGGCCAGAAGCAACCCAGCCCUGCCCUCCGCAGUCGGCAUCCUCCUGGAGCCCAGCAGGCCCACGGAAGCCCGGCCCCUGCCCACCCCUUCAGCCUGCGGCUCCUUCACCUCCUACAACUCCGAUAUCCUGACAGAGGAUGAUGUGUACUGCAGCUGCCUGGCCAAGACCCUCUGCCACGUGCCUGUCCCUGUGACCGUGGGUUUCUACGCCCCCUUUGGCUGCCGCCUACACAUGAUGCUGGACAAGAUCACAGCGCUGAUGCAGCAGGAGGCGACCCAGCGCGAGGCCGAGGAGCUGCAGCGCGUGCAGUGGCGGCCGCGGCCCGUGCGCGGCUGGGGCUUCCCGCAGCUGCUGUGGUACCUGGUUUUCCUGCAGCCGGUCAUCACCGAGGUGCACCUGCGGCGCAAGAACGUCAAGUUCCUCUUCAUCCGCUUCAGCGCCUGGCAGUACGCGGGCACCGACAAGCUGUGGGCCGGCCUGGUGACCACGCUGUGCGAGGGCAUCCGCCAGCACUACGGCGCGCUGCCCUUCAGCGUGUACUCCGUGCUGGGCAACAAGCCGGCCACGACGCCGGACUUCUGCCAGCGCGAAUGGCACUGCCGGCGCCGCGUGUUGCUGGCGUUGCUGGCGCUGCGCGCGCUGGGCCUGGGCGUGGGCCUGCUCUACCUGUCGGUGGGCGCCCGUGCGUCGGGCCACGGGGGCGCCAACGGCAGCCUGCUCCGGGUGUUCGGCAGCGCGGCCACCACGCUGUCGGGCUCGGGGCUGCUCAUGGCCGUGUACUCGGUGGGCAAGCACCUGUUCGUGAGUCAGCGCAAGAAGAUCGAGCGGCUGGUGUCUCGCGAGAAGUUCGGCAACCAGCUGGGCUUCAUGUGCGAGGUGAAGAAGGAGGUGGAGCUGCUCACCGACUUCCUGUGCUUCCUGGAGAUCUACCAGCGGCGCCGGCUGCGUGUUGUGCUCGAGGUCACCGGGCUGGACACGUGCUACCCGGAGCGCGUGGUGGGCGUGCUCAACGCCAUCAACACGCUGCUAUCGGACAGCCACGCACCCUUCAUCUUCAUCCUGGUGGUGGACCCCAGCAUCCUGGCCGCGUGCCUCGAGAGCGCCGGCUCCAUGAAGGGCACGGCCGACAACGGCUACCUCUUCCUCAACCGCACUGUCACGCUGCCCUUCUCCGUGCCUAUCAUGGGCCGCCGCACCAAACUGCAGUUCCUGCACGACGCGGUGCAGAGCCGCGACGACCUGCUCUACCGCGAGAUGACGCGCAAGCCGCGGCCGCCGGGCCGGGGCGGGGGCCGGGGCCGGGGCCGGGGCGGCGAGGGCGCCGAACUCCUGGCGGUGGAGACUCAGCCCGGGGCCCAGCGCGCGCACAGCCUCAUCGACGCCGAGGCUGCGCGCUGCAUCCAGGAGGCGCUCUUCUGCCUGCACGACGAGCGCGACUGCCUCUACGAGUACGUGCCCGACAACGUGGUGUCCAUGCGGCGCAUCGUCAACACCGUGCCCAUCACCGUGCGCCUGCUGCAGCAGCAGCAGCAGGGAGACUCCGGGGGGCCGUCGCCGCGCCAGGCCGUAGCUUGGGUCGUGCUCGCUAACCAGUGGCCGUGCCGCCUCAGCUGGGUGCUGCAGUGCCUGGAGGACCGGCAGCAGGCCGGGGGCGCGCCCGAGGCCCGCGCGCGCCUCUGGGACGUGUUCUGCGACAACAGCCGCGAGCUGCACACCAUGACCAAGGCACUGCAGAACGUGCUCGACCUGGACGGCGACCCCGAGCUUUUCGAGCGCUUCCUGGGCACCGACUUCCCCUUCACCGUGGCCGAGGCGCAGAGCCUGCUGCGCUGCACCGUCAACCUGGACCACUCCAUCCGCCGCCGCAUGGGCCUCAUCCGGGCCGUCAGCGCCCUCAAGCCGCCCAGCCCGCCCAAGUCCCCGGCCCGCGACGCCCCCCAUGCAGCCAACGGAGCCAACCCCGCCCCCGGGGCCGGGCACUCCCCUGUGCGGGCCAGGGAAGCCCACGACCCCCGGGACAGGGCACACGCGGGCAAGCCCAGACCCACGGCCUGAGCGCCCUUCACUGGGGGAAAUGCAGCCCAGGUGGGCUUGAACGGAAGGCGCAGCAAGGGGCAACACCCGUCUGCCCCCCAUGAGGGUGCAGGGGGCCUGACUGGCCCGAGGCCCAGGAUCCAGUGUCCGCAAUGAGGCCUGCGGUGGCCACAUUCUCCAGACAAAUCCGUGAGCCAGAGAGAGAUAUUGGCAGUAGCCAUCGGGAGUGGGGAAGUAGGUCAGUGCCAGCGUCUGAGCCGGGGCAGAAGGACCCAUGAGAAAUGUGGGGUUCAAGCGCAAUAAAUGAAGAUGUGAAAGCC